AUGUCUUCGUCAGUGGCGGCCCGCGGCAAGGCCUCUCGUUUGAAUCCGAGCUUGAAGCCGGAAAACUUUCCAAAAUGCGCUUCCGAGGCACUUAUUCUGUUGGAAACUCUUUUGGUUGGCCGAAAUACACAAGAUCUGGUAAUCAAAAUCGUUUCGGAAAAUAUUUUCCUGGAGCGGAUCAAUGAUGGAGGCGGACGCGCGCCCCAGAUGGCGUUCAUGCAAGAGUAUCAAUUGACGGUUGCGCUCAUUGAGUUCUUCUCGAAGCCAGGACCACGACGGGAUGACAUUUUUCAUGCACUCUUUGGCAGCAAGCUAUCACCGCGACGCAGCAGCCAGCUCGUCAAGCUAGUAAGCACUGCCGUGUCGGCAUCAGUGGUCCCAGUGCUCACCGCGGCCGGCGCCUGGCUGCAACAAGUCGGCUACAAGAGCACACUGAGCCAGGAAGUUACCAAACAAAUUGCCGCUGAUUUCACAUUGCACUCGCUACCUGCAAGGGAGAAACUGGAGCAAUUGUCCAUGAUUGUCCCGCACUUUGCAGCUAGGUUUAUGGUUGCUGUGGCCGAUCUCUACCUUAAUGAGAAGCGAUCGGCCGGCCUAACACCGCCGCCGGAGGCUCUUUUAGAUGUCUUUACCGAAUGGAUGACUGAGAACCCAACCGUCAUAUGCCAGGCUCCUCCGCCUGGCGUGGGGCUGCCAGCCGGUGCCACUCCAGGGCCAUUCGUCAACCCCUUGGCUAGCCUCCUGCGAUGGACAGUACUGGCGCCAUUGGUCUCCCAGGGAGCCGCCUACAGCAAGCUGCAUUUAUCUCUCCUGACAACGAUCCAGCAAGUGGCAACCGUAAACAAGAAGACCGUUCUACCCAACAGGGAGCUGAUGCAGAUUGUCAAGUCUUUGCAGAGCUACUGCGCUCGAUUGCGUGCACGGAAAGUGAAGCCAGAACACGAUGACGCUUAUCAAAGAUCCAUGGCACGGUUCGCCCAAGCAGUGCAGAUCGCCCUUUGCUCCAAGUGCAUAGCCAAUCGGUAUCCGCUGCUAGCUGCAGUGAAGUUAUUGCCACCCUUCAAGCUCAUGAGCAUCGUUAUAAGUUCUCAGAAAAGGCGGUAG